AUGUCCACCAUGGAAGUAUCUGAGACUGGGACCAAGUCCCUCCAGCUGCCAAAUUCCAUUCCAUUCUGGCGACUCGUCCUAAACCCUGGAGCCAUCACCCAAGAGGUAGUGGACUAUCCUUGCGCAGGCUCGGGAACCGAAGAAGAUCCCUACGUGGUUCAAUGGAUGCCUAGGGACUUCCGAAACCCUCUCCAGCUGAAAACUUCCAUGAAAUGGUUCAUCACAAUCGUUGCUGCCCUCGAGACCUUGGUGGUUGCUCUGGUCUCCUCCGCAUAUACAGGUGGUCUCAUUCAAAUUCGAGAAGAAUUUGGAGCAACCACAGAGGUUGCCACCCUGGGAGUAUCACUCUAUGUACUGGGAUUCGCUCUGGGUCCGCUGAUCUGGGCUCCCAUGAGUGAAAUGUAUGGUCGCCAACUCGUCUUCGUCACAACCUACGGUGGUUUGACCGUUUUUUGUGCUGCCUGUGCGGGCGCAAAGAACAUCACAAGUUUAUUGAUUUUCCGAUUUCUGUCUGGUGCAUUUGGUUCCUCCCCCUUUACCAAUUCGGGCGGCGUUAUCGCCGACAUGUUCAUGGCUCGCGAGCGGGGUCUAGCACUGUCAGCCUUCGCGCUUGCUCCUUUCCUCGGACCAGUCAUCGGUCCUAUUGUCGGUGGCUUCCUUGGUAUGUCUAGCGGGGGUUGGAAAUGGGUGAUAGGUCUUUUGGCCAUCCUCUGUGGUGUCAUGUGGUUCUUAGGAGCUGCAUUGAAGCCGGAGACUUAUGCUCCCGUUCUGCUCCGCCAGCGUGCAAAGACCCUGUCCAAGCUCACAGGUCAGGUAUACUGCAGCAAGCUUGAUAUCGAUCAAGGACGCGUCACUUUGACGGCCGCUAUGAAGGCCUCCUUCUCGCGGCCACUGGUUCUUUUAUUCAAAGAACCCAUCGUCCUGUUACUCUCAAUCUACCUGGCGAUCAUCUACGGAACCCUCUACAUGCUUUUUGGUGCCUUCCCGAUUGUGUAUCAAAUCCAUCGUGGAUGGAAUCAAGGUGUCGCCGGCCUAGCCUUCAUCGGUGUCAUGAUUGGUAUGUUAGGAGCGAUUGCAUACUCAAUUCCCGAAAACAAACGAUAUGCCAAGCUACUUGCAAAGAGCGGCGGCUAUGCACCCCCAGAAGCCCGUCUUCCGCCGUGUAUGCUGGCCUCAAUCGCUCUCCCUGUCGGACUCUUCUGGUUCGCAUGGACCAACUCCCCCUCCGUCCACUGGCUCGCAAGUGUCGCAGCUGGAGUUCCAUUCGGUUUCGGAAUGGUCCUCGUUUUCUUGAGUGUGUUCAAUUACUUGAUUGAUGCUUACACCAUUUUUGCGGCGUCCGUCUUGGCAGCCAACUCGCUACUUCGGUCGUUGUUUGGCUUUGCAUUCCCACUGUUCACCACGUACAUGUAUCAGGAUCUGGGGAUCCACUGGGCGUCUUGUAUUCCGGCUUUCUUAGCACUUGCAUGCGUCCCUUUCCCCUUCCUGCUCUACAAAUAUGGUCUCUCUAUUCGAAAGCACUGCACGUACUCUGCGCAGUCUGAAGCCUUCGUCCAAAACCUUCUUCGAGCGAGUCAGAAGGCUGCUGAAGAGGCCGUUGAAUCUGAGCCUGAGGUGUGCUUGGCAAAGGAUGAAGCUCCAUCGCUUUCCACCGACAAGACAGUUGCGGAUGUCAACAAAAUUCGGCACACACUUUCACGCACUUCCACCAAUGCCACGCAUGCCAUUCACCGGGUGCCCACCUACGAGGCCAGUCCGUAUGAUAUCGACCGCGUGAACACACGAGAAUCGUUUAAAUAA